AGUCAUAUACACACUGCGCGGUCUGCAGCGGAAGCUGGAGGACAUUCCCGGCACCGAGUCCGUCUCCUUUACACGCCAUGGACUUCUCUAUCCGCGCUGCCAGCCUGGAAGACUGCAAAGACAUCGCACGGAUGAUUCUGGAGCUGGCCGAGUAUGAGAAAGUCCUGGACCAGGUAAAGAUCACACAACGAGAUUUGGAGCAGGACGGCUUCUCCAAGAACCCGUUUUUCCACGGGAUCGUCGCCGAGGUCCCGGAGCAGCACCGGACCAAAGAAGGUCACUCCAAGAUUGGCUACGCGCUUUACUUCUACACCUACAGCUCAUGGAAGGGCAGAGCCAUCUACAUGGAGGACCUUUAUGUGAUGCCUGAUUUCAGAGGGAAAGGGAUUGGGAAAGCGCUGAUGAGCAAAGUAGCACAGUUGGGCCUGGCUGCAGGGUGUACUCAGCUCAACUUUACCGUGCUGGACUGGAACAAACCAUCUCUGGACUUCUACUUCAGCCAGGGUUGCUUUGAUGUGACGGCUGACUUGGGCUACCACUGUAUGCGCUGUGAGGGCGAGGGGCUGCAGCGGCUGGCCCAACCCUAACACGGCAGGGCAGGCGGGACCUCUUGACCUUUUACAACAGGGAGGUCAACCUGCAGGGCGGCAGGGAAAGCAGGGAAAGCGGUCUAGUCAGUGGCCCCGUUCCAAACAAUUCAAUAUUACUGGUACUUUCUAAGCUAAUCCCUUGACAAGCAUAAUAGUAUUAAGAUAAUAUAAUGAUGAUAAAACAUCGUUAUGAUGAUGAAACAUCACAAUAUUAUGAUGUUGUGAAGUAUUAUUGGCAAAUCGUUUGGUUUGAUCCCUCUUCAGUUUGCUACGGAAUCAAAUAAGUGAUGGUUUAGCACUGAAGUGGAGGGUGCACUUUAAAGUUUUGAAUUGGAAUGGGGCCCGUGCAAUACAAACACGUUUUACAUGGCCAUGGUGCUGAAAUAUUUUGUGUUUUGAUUCUUGUUAAAACCGGUGACCACCUUUUCUUAACUUGGGCAUUAAGGUGUCCUUUGGUAUCAUAUGACAAAUGAAGGCAAAAGCAACCAAAGAUGUCAUCAUGUCCCCUCGUCUGCCGCACGGCAGGUACGGCACAAUAGUUGUAAAGCACAAUGUUGUGUUUGCACUGGAUUCUUCUUGUUAACCAGAUGGGCUGCAACAUGAGAUUUAGUUCUGUUUUCAUCUCAUGGUUUUGUGUGCUUGGGUUAUCAAUUACUACUCUGACAAGGUUAUAUAAACAAAAAAAAGGUUAUUAUACUGUAAUUAAUAUUCUAUAAUUGCACCAAAAUGUCCCUCCAUUCAGACCGUAGUGAGCUUUAUGAAACUCCUCAUCCAUGUCCAGCUGUUUGACAGACGUGGAUUAAUGGAUGUGGUUUGACCAUUGAGGCAACAAAGAGAACAAUCCUACCUACUUAGUGCUGCAAUUUGCACCAAUAAAUCUUCCUUAAUAAAAGUUUACAGAAUAAUUUAGCGGCAUAAUAUUUACCAAGUUAGCAAGACAUGGAGUUGUGCAAUUACGUCAAAUGGUUUGAUGGAAUUGGAGCGACUUUGUGAUGUUAGAUCAAAUCGUUCAUAAACGAGAAAAAAGUUACACAAACUGUUCCCAUUAUAUGUACGUACUAAAGUCAACAUAGAAAUCAAACGAAUGUGUGAGGGAAGUAGUCGCAUCUCCCCUGGUCUGCAGCUUCCCCCUGGUUAUAGAUGGCACAAAACCAAACUCGGUUUCCGGCCAUGUUUCGGGUCAAAAUCAUGCAAUUCCCAACACCGGUGUUCACCUAGAAACCCAAAUGUGACGAUCCAGCAUCCUGUAAGCCCUGACUUACAAUUACACGUUUCUGUGAAUUAACUCUCGAAUAAAAGAGAAAAUCUCCCAACAAUAUCAUGCGUAAAAGGCACAAUCAUGCUAAAAGAGCACAUAUUAUUAAACUCUUGACAUGUCGUGUUGUUGGUAAGAGAUGGAUGCAAGCACAGCACACGGUUCCCGUCUGUGUAACCGGAAUAGAGAAUGGUCCUGAUUAUUUCAUGCAUGCAUUUCAGUGCAGUUCAGGUCACUGGCUUGUCAUUGAAAUGUUAACCAAUGCACCAUUUCAAUUUGUUUUUUACUUCAGUGGUGGAUUAUUUUUCAUUGAUACCCAUGUGUCAGUGUAUUUUCAACUGUAAUGUGCAACAUUACGGAUCCUUUAUCAAUUACCUCUUUGUGGUCAGCCGGGUGUUGUUUGGUUUCUUUUUUCUCUCUUAAACAUCUUCAUCCUGGUCAGACUAGACUGAAUUUGUGUUUCUGAGACUGUUAAACACACAUCUCUCGUUAAUGGUGUCGUCUUUCAGAUACAUGUGUAGGUUGUGCAAGACAGUCAGUCACCUUUUAGGGAUUUUUUGUCGUCUGAUGUGGCAAAAGUUGUGCAAAACUUCUGUCUUGUGUUUCAUGGGGGGGUCUCAUAAGGACUCCCGGAAGACUUCAGUGUUGACCUCACUAAUGUAUUCGGUGCCUCCUCUUGUCGUCACCCAUUUGCAAAAGCAAACCGUUUGUUACUUCAUGUUCUUGUGUUGAGCCGGCGUUGGAAAAACGAAACUUGUCACGUUUUACACGGUAAUAAAGUGACGUGCUGUG